AUGGACAUGGAGACAGACGGUCUGAAUACAGCACUGUCGAGGAGAGGAAGCUAUGACGACGCAGUGGUGUCUCUGCGACCUCACUUUCGAAACUUGGUUCAGAGGCGGCGCUCGGCUCCAUCUCUGGUCUUUGGGAAGACUUUGGGAAUGUCCUGGUCCCCAAUAAGGGAGGAGUCAUCUUGCUGGGUGACUACAGACCAGAGCCCCUUUGUCCUGGGUCUGAUGGAGGAGAACGGGCCACUGCUUUUGGAGCAAAAGCUCCAGGUGACAGAAGGCUCCAAGACCAGGGAGCGACACCUCUUCCUCUUCAGAGAUGUGCUUGUAUUUGCCAAACUCAAGUCGACAGCAAGUUACCGUCUGAAACACAGAGUGAACCUGGAGGAGGCGUGGCUGUUUGGCUUUGAUUCAGAGCUGGAGGAGGAGCUUCCUUCAGACCUGGACUCAGACCUGGACUUGGGCCUGAGCCUGGUCCUGGCCUGGGACCUUGCCGUCUGCCUGCUGACCUUCGGCUCACCUGAUCACAAAAAACACUGGUCCAACACUCUCCACAGGAACAUCUGUGACGCUAAAGCUCAUGCUGGUGGAGAGUGCACUCUCUCAGACGGCCACAUGAAGGUGUUGACAGGAAACAUCGCAGUAAAAUCUCUAAGCGGAGGGGGCAUGGAACAUCUCAUUGAACUACCAGUCAAUGGCACCACAGGCAUCACAAAAUUGGCGCCCAAUGUGACAACAGAGGAGAAGCUGAAUGAGAACCGCUGGAGGGGCGUGGUGAGGAGACUGAAGAGUGGCUCUAGCUUCAUCUACAAAAAGAAACAGCUGUUUGGGAGACCUCUGAGUAAACUGUGCCCUGGAGAAGGCUGCCUACCCAAAGCCAUACUGGAUAUCUUGGUGUUGCUGAGAAAGCGAGGCCCAUCCACUGAAGGUGCAUUUCGAAAAUCCUGCAACAACAAGAAGAUGCAGGAGGUCCGGGAGCAGCUGGAGAGUGGGGCAGACGUGCUGCUGGGGGAGCAGCCUGUGGUCCUGCUCGUGGGCUUACUCAAAAGCUUUCUGAAGGAGCUGCCGGGCAGCCUCCUGGACACUCAGCUGUAUGAGAGGUGGAUGAGAUCCUUCAACCAGGAGGAGCCCCAGCAGAGAGCCGAGGAGCUCAAGAGAGUAUUGGAAGAUCUGCCCAGACCAAACGUUGUGCUGCUCCAGUACCUCCUCUGUGUCCUAUACCACAUCCAGCAGAACUCCCACUCAAACAAGAUGAGCGCCCCCAACCUGGCCGUGUGCAUAGGCCCCACACUGCUGUGGUCGGCUGGCACACCCCUGGAUGAACAGCCAGACCGCAUGAAGGAGGUGGCAGAUCUGACACAGUUCUUGAUUGAGCACUGGGAGAUUGUUGGAGACAACAUUCCACAUCUAUUGGACACAGAUGAAGAUUCUGCGUCCUCUCAACAUCACGACUCGGCCUAUGACAGCACAGACCCUGAUGGAGACAUAGAGCAGGCUGACAGUACCACAGGAGACAGUGAAAGCCCCCGGAACUUCUCCUCUCUCUCCAACAUCACUCAGGAAUCGUCCUCUCCUCUGACUUGCAAAGCAUCCGUCACCCGCCGCUGCUCUGAACCCAUCCUCUGCCUGUCUGCAGACUCACCCGGGCUCCGAUGGCAUGCCUGGAGUCGUGAUGACUGCUCCAUGGCCACUCGCUUCUUCCGUGAGCAACCACUGAUAAAGCAAUCCUCCGACGAUGCCAUUUUGAGCCGCAGGAUAAACCCCUCUUUCUCCCAAGACAACAUGGAAGCCUUGCUUUGCCAUUCGACCAAUCGCACCCGAGAGUGCUCCUGCUCCUCCCUGGACAGUGCCGCGUCCAACCAAUCGGAAGGCUCAGUUUUUACAAGCUCGCCUAUGGGGUCCCCGACUUGUCUGAGAAAACCAAGCUCCACACAAUUCAACCAGGAAAAGCUAGAGGAUAAAAAACGCUCCAUGAAAGUCCUCCUCAGAGCCAGGAGUUUUAAUCGGAUCAGUCUGAAGAGGGCAGAUCUGCAAAGCGAAAGUACGUACCCAUGUGAGACACUCCAAGAGGACUUACAGAGUGAAGCUACAUCCCCUAAACCUCGUCCACUCUCAGCCAUAGAAGUAUUCAAACACAUAGACAGCCGUCUAUUGUGCGAGCCCCCAUCUUACCAACAAGCAGUUCAAAACAUAGGGCUACCCCCCGAGUACAGAGCCAUGACAGUUCAGGAUGCCAUUCAGCUGGACAGAAGGUCGCGCCCAUCGUCGGUCAACUACGACUGGCCGACAGCCGGGCAUGUGGUGAGGGAGAGGGUGGGCAUGGACGUGGGACUGGAGAGGGUGGAGAGGGUGGAGAGGGUGGACAGGAGACCCAGAGCUAUGUCAGAAUCUGUACCAGCAGGGCGUUCAGAUGCACUGCUCCGGAGAUGCAGCCAUCCCCUCUUCGAAGAAUUUUCGUAUGCAAAGGAGUCCUACGUUUGAGCAAAAGUUUGGACAGAAUGUGAAAUCAGCUGAAACAAAUAUGGAACAUAUUAGUUUUUUCUUGUGUCCAAAUAUUAUUAUUGCACUUCAGCUCAAAUGAAGGCAGUGUCAGCUGUGGUACAAAGACUGAACUCUAGACCAAACUAGGACAGACCUAGACUGAAUCCAGUCUAAACCAAGACUUAGCCAGGUCUAAACCAUGGCUUAAGCUCACACAUCCUUACACAUUUUACUAUUCCUUGCAUUGUUCUGACAGACUGACAGAUAAGUGCAUACAUUUGCUCUAUGCUGCAAAAAAGAGAAAUCUCUGUAAAUUAAAAUGUCUUAAAAUCAGAAUAUUAAUCAGGUGUUGAGUAGUUUUUAGAGAUAUAGAUUGUAUAAAUAAGCUCUAUGCACAGCAGCAUGCUAGUAAGCCCACUGUGUCUCAAAGCUAACAGUCACUUUUAUUAAAAUAAAAAAAACAUAAAAUAAAUCUAUUAAAAUUCAAUUAAUUAAUGAUUAAUUAAAAUAAAGAUUGUACAAUUAUUGUUAUAUGUGGAAUACUUCAGUUUGUGGUGCUGUUUUAAUACUUAUUUUCGUAUUCACGUAUUCACGUAUUCAUUUUAUUUGUAAAGUGUUUCACAUGUUGUCAGUGACCUGUCCACUGUCUGACCCUAAUCCCCUAACCUCUGACCCCUGACCCCUAACCCACCUGCAGCUCCCUGUCCACUGUCUGACCCUAACCUCCUAACCUCUGACCCCUGACCCCUAGCCCACCUGCAGCUCCCUCUCCACUGCCUCAUCUUUAAAUAUUUAUUUAUUUUAGCGUGACUCUACAAAAACCUCAUAGAGAUACAAUCGGACAGGAAGUAGUGAUGCUAACAGUGAGGUUAGCGGGCGCUGUGUGCAAAGAGCCUAUUGAUUGAGAAUUAUAGUAAUGUGAAAUCCUGUAAAAUGUUCCUUUUUGCUCUGUUUUUGGACCUCAUAUGUCUUGUGUGGUCUCUAAGCUAUGGCCAUUAUAUGCUAUUGUACAGUUUGUGUUUUCAUUUCUUUGUAAAUAGCACACUUUUUCUCCUCACUACACUCAGGCACUUUGACACAUUUGUUUUGCCAUGCUUGAAUAAAGUC